CUCUUGCAUUUUUCCAGUUUCAGACAAAACGAUGGCUCUUACCAAGGGAAAGUUGUUUCUUGUGUUAGUAAUUUCAGCUCUUACGGCCAAUACGACAGCUGUAGUAGCUUCCAGGGACUUGGUGACAACAAUUCAUCACUCAGUUGGUCAUAACUUAGCAGCUCGUAUCAAUGGAGAAGACGGUGGUGCUGGGAUGGUGGAAUGCUGGAAUGCAUUAUAUGAGUUACGAUCGUGCACUAAUGAAAUUAUUCUUUUCUUCAUGGAUGGAGAGAUGUAUCUUGGUGUUGAAUGUUGUAGAGCUAUUCGUAUUAUAACUCGUGAAUGUUGGCCUUCCAUGCUUACUUCUGUUGGCUUUACUGCUGAAGAGGGAGACAUUUUACGUGGUUAUUGUGAUGCUUCACACUCGACUGCCCCUCGUUCUUCACCUGUUACUAUGCUUCCAUCGGUACAGACUCCUGCUCAGUCACCUUUCUUGGGACCAAGUACUCCCCCACCAGUGGUCGCCUGAUAGAUAGGAACUAAUGAUACCUGGAGAACCUAUCUAUUUUUCUAUUAAGUCCUUUACAAAUGGGUUUUGCUUAUGUUGUUACUUGUUAGGCUCAUCAUCUAUUUGGUGCCAUAAUUAGGAGUGAUCGUUUGUUUUACUUUGUA